UCUCAUUUUCCCAGUGCUACUACACCCUUUAAAGGUUCCCGGCUCAGUUGCUUCCUCAUUACUGCCUCUGAGUUUGGGACCCGUGCAGCUUCACACUGUGAAUCUGAAUCAGGAUGGACAGCAACGGCUCCGUCUCCAACGCGCUGUCCAGGAUGCAGAUGGCGAAGGACAUGAAGGAAGAGGACAAGCUGUACAGGUACAACGGCGUGCUGUACCCGCGCCUCAUGUGCCCCGAGGAAAACCUCCAGGCUCUGCAGAACAUGGAGGCCAGAGAGGACGACGUCAUGCUGGUGGCUUACCCCAAAUGUGAUAAAGAUGAUUUCCCUCUUCAGGUUCUGGAUGAGACGCCCUCUCCAAGGUUACUGGGGACUCACCUGCACCCUGACAACAUCCCCAAAUCUUUCGGUGCAAAGAAAACUAAAAUGCUGGUGAUCUUCAGGAACCCUAAAGACACGCUGGUCUCCUUCUAUCAUUUCACCAACAGCAACCCGGUCCUCCCAACCAUGCAGUCCUGGGAAUCCUUCUACUCUACCUUCCUGAGUGGAGAUGUUCCCUGGGGGUCGUACUUUGAUCAUGCUUUGGCCUGGGAGAAGAGGAUGGACGACCCCAACGUCAUGAUUGUCACCUAUGAAGAGCUCAAACAGGACCUGAGCGACGGCGUGCGUCAGAUCUCCACCUUCUUCGGCUUCAGCCUGACGGAGGCUCAGGUGCAGCAGAUCGCAGAGCGGAGCACCUUUACCGCCAUGAAGGAGAACAACUCCCUCGGUACUAUGGGAAACGUCAUCUUCAGAAAAGGCGAGGUCGGGGACUGGAGGAACCACUUCACACCAGAACAGAGCCGAGAGAUGGACGAAGCCUUCAACAAACACCUGGCAGGAACCAGGCUGGGAGACAAACUCAACUACCAGCUGCACUGUCAGUAGUAGUUCCCCUCUGUAAGAUCCUUUGACUCUAAUGCCAGGCUCAGACUACACGAAUUCAGCCCAAUUUUGACCCGACAGACAGACGCUUCAGCACCACGACAGAGAAUGUCAAGCAUGCCUAGUGUGACAUGUUCUACCACGUGUUUCUUGACAUUGACCAAUAGGAAGAGAGAGCUCUCUCUGCCUCUCUGGUGCACAUAUGUAAACAUGGUGAAAAA